AUGACAACAGAAUCAACGUCGCCAGCACCCCCAAACCAUCCAAUGGCACCCACGUCCCGCGAGAGCAGACCUACAAUCGUAGGUCCCGAUCAACCUGAAUCACCUUAUCCCAUGAAAUUAGAGGGAAGCGUUACGAAAGGGUUUGGAAGAGGUGCUAGGUUUUUAGGUAUACCAACGGCGAACUUACCUGACACAUCACUUGACCCACUCAAUGCAUUAAACAUGACGGGGAUCUAUUAUGGUUUCGCGCGAAUCCAUCCAUCAUCUUCAACACCAUUACCUUCAACUUAUCCUACACCUAUUCAUUCGGGCCCAUCAACACCUUCUUUACAAUCCGGUAGUGAACAAAACCCAUUUGGUGAUGAUAUAAGCAAUGAAGCAUUGGAGAGUAUACCAACUAUAACAGCUCCUUAUCCACCUGAACAACACGCUCAAAGAUGGAGUAAAGAAGACGAAAAGAUUUGGCCAAUGGUCAUGAGCGUUGGAUGGAACCCUUAUUUCAAAAAUGAGAAAAUAACUGCUGAAGUACACAUCAUGCACCCUUUCAAAGCAGAUUUCUAUGGACAUCACAUGUCCGUGUUGGUUCUAGGAUACAUCAGACCUGAAUUAGACUACGUAUCAAAAGAGGCUCUCAUACAAGAUAUCCAAACAGACGUUAAAGUAGCUUUGAACAGUUUAGCCAGACCUGCCUACGCUGAACUUGCAAAUGACCCGUUCCUUACCAAAGAAUCGGCAUGA